CAAGGGGCCUCGUUCCUUCUUUAAGGUUCCUUGGGUCAACGCCCCUUCUGUAGGAACAGAGGGGGGAGUCCUGGGAUCUGUGCCUAUUUAUCUGCGUGUCCCUGGGCCCCAACCAGGACUACGCCCCCCUCACGCUGCCGAACGGCCUGCGGGUGCUGCUCGUGUCCGACCCCGACACGGAGCGCGCCGCCGCGGCGCUGGACGUGCACGUGGGGUACUUCAGCGACCCUGCGGGCCUCCCGGGGCUCGCGCACUUCAACGAGCACAUGCUCUUCCUCGGCACUGAGCGGUUCCCCGAGGAGAACGGCUUCGACGAGUUCCUGACGACCUUUGGCGGCGGGGGCUUCUCCAAUGCCCUGACGAAGGCCGAGGACACCUGCUUCUACUUCUCCUGCCGCGCUGAUGCGCUGGCGGCGUCGCUGGAGAGGUUUGGCGACUUCUUCCAGAGCCCGCUGUUCAGCGCGGACGUGACGGAGCGGGAGCUCGGAGCCAUCGACAGCGAGUUCCUCAAGAACGUCCUGGACGACGGCUUUCGCUUCGACCAGCUUCUGCGGAGCCGGGCCAACCCGCUCCACCCGUUCUCGAAGUUCGGCGGGGGCACCACGAGUCUCUGCGGAGCCCCAACCUGCGAGCCGCCCUGAUCGAUCACUAUCCACCAGGAGUUCUAUCGCGAAGAGGAGCAGAGUGCACGAGCAUAAGCGCUACCAGGGGCCUGCGCAGCUGUCCUGGAUUUGCGCCUGGAAUCCCUCUGAGGGUGGCCAGCGCCGUUCCGAGAAGUCCGCGCGGACCCCACGAGCGGUGAAAGGAGGAGGCGCCGCCCGAGCGCGCGUGGAGG